AUGAGCGGAAAUAAAGACAUCAAGCAGAGGAAGACGGAAGUCCUGAAUAAUUCCUACCGGAAGGACGGAUUAGUUAAGUAUACCGGCGGGGACUACAAGAGUGCAUUGAAGCUGUUCAACUUGGCUCUUCGACUAUCUCCCUCGGAUGUUAAGUCGCUCGUUUAUCGCUCAAAGUGUCACAAAAAGUUGAGAAACGUCAGAAAAGCAAUAGAUGACGUGGAUACCGCACUCCACAUCCACAAUUUAAGUAAAGAGGCGCUUCUUCAGAAGGCCAGUCUCUUGUACCAGUCCUCCAAUUAUGAAUUAGCUCUAGUCUACUACAGCAGGGGGCACAAACACUAUCCCCAAAACAAGGACUUCAUCAUUGGAAAGGAAAAGGCAGAGAUGGGCAUCAACAAAGGCCGAAAAAGCCGAGGGAGGCGCAUGAAAUUAACUGAGGCUGGGGAUCUGACAUAUUUAGUCCACAAAGUGCCACAUGCGCAACCGUUCUCGUGGAAGAAGCCAGAAUCCAAAUCACAGAAUUCGCAGCUUCCCAGUGCCACCUUCAAUACCCGACCACUUUGUCAGCUGAUCCGUAUCCAUAAGACACCAUCAGUGAGUCUGUCUCAGGCAGAGUCCCUCCAUGACGAGAAUGACGACGACAGCACCGUACUGAAUUAUGACGAAAAACGACCGGAAAGUCGCGUGGUAAAAACGACCAUGGGGAAGUUAUACAAAGACAAAAAGUAUCUGCAAAAUCUAAUCGAGGAUGACAAAUUUCCAGCUGUCAUGGGUAGCUCUGGAAGCCCUGUGGGAGACAUAGCAGAAGAUGGAUUUCACUUUCUAUUAGACCGUGCAGCUUACUGGGAUCGGUUAGGACCACUUCCGCCCCCACCGCCUGCGCGGAGAUUCCGAAGUCGUUUCAGCGGAAGUACAUUGUCCAUGAACUCACUAGAUAGUUUCAAAACGACAGACACAAAAACUUCGUGGAAAUCCACAGACUCGACAAAAACAUUGAAAACGACAAAAUCAUCAAGAUAUUCGUAUGGUAGCAAGAAGGAAAAGUCUAGUCCUAAACCCGACCCCAGUAAAGUGGAAUUUAAAUUCCCGUCUAUUCGACUUUUUGACGAUUUUCAUCAAAGAAUGAUGACAGAAAUCGCAGAAGAACAAGAGACGGAUGAAUCAGCCAACAGAACUACAGAUUUGGAGGCGGAUCAAAAACAAGAAGACACGGCCAAGAAAUCUGUGAUGGAAUACAUGAAAAAAGAAAUGGACGCUAUUGAUGAAGAUUUCAGAUCGAAUAAAUUUCGGAAUGUUCAGGACAGAUGCGAGGCUUGUCUGGAACUCUUGGAACGUUACUAUGAAACAGAAAUUCCAGAUAAGUUUGAAAUGGUUUCAAACUUAUACAGUUACCUUGGCAACGCUUCAAUGCAACUUGGUAAACUAGAUUUGGCGCUCAAGUAUCACCAAAUGGACUUGAGCAUUGGGGAACAGCUGGAUAGGAGGAACAUCCGGUACAGAGCCCUAGGAAACACAGGACGAGUGUUCAUGAUGAAGGGAAAACACAAGAAAGCUCUCGAUAUGUUUACAAGAAAAGCCCCACUCUGUAACACACCACGGGAGACGGCCUCUCUGUUCCACGAGAUUGGUAACUGUUUCCUGAUGCUGAACAAUUUCCACAGCGCCAGAGAAUCCGGAAGGAAGUCAUUGAAAGCCGCAGAGGAGGCUGGGAACGUGCAACAACAGCUUCAGGCAUGCGUACUAGUGGGUCUGGCAGAAGUUAACAUGAAGAAGUAUGAGAAGGCUCACAGUUCUUUUGAGAGAGCCCUGGAUCAUGCCAAAUCCUUGGGCGACGAGAGAGCAGAACUGGCCAUGAAGAAAGCCCUGAUUGAUGUCAACAGAAAAAUUGCUCUGAAGAUUAAGAAAAACAAUAGUUCACAUGUAAAAGUGGCACAGACUUACCCGGAUUCUGACGUCAGUACCGCUAGAACGUCCAUAUUGGUUGAGUGAGGAUAACUGUGAAAAGACAAACAGUUAAGGCAGUUGUGACAGGACAUUACAAAUAAAUAUGUUGAAACGUCAAGGCCGAAUGCACGUCACUAUAUUCAUUUU